AUGAAUGAAUCGUCCGAAAACGACUUACGUCGCACGACGCCAACGGAGGAGGAAAAGAAGGACGAGACGAAUGCGAAGAAGACGACGAAAACGAAGAAGGAGAAGCCGAAAUCCGCGCGAGGCGCCCCUCCGAGACGGGAUAAGGAAGAUGUAUUUGGGGAUGGUUUCAACGCGCGCCGAGGAGGAGGAGGAGGAGGAAAAGAAGCGGGUUUCGUGCCGCCGCCGCCGCUGAAACAACAAAAAGAACAGAAGGAGAAGCAAAAGAAGGUCACGACACCACCGAGAGUUCCCAGACGAGCGAACGACGCGAAAAAGAAGAAUUGGUGGAAAGAGUUACCGGAGGAAAAGUGCGAUCCAAUCACGUUGGAACCGUUUUGCGAACAAACGCACGCGCCGUUUGAGUUACUCGGGAAGAAGUUUAAGAGAGAGCAAAGCUAUUCGUCUUUGUUGAACGACGACGAGGAAGAUAACGAAAACGCAGAGGCGGCGGCAAGGAUGAUGACGACGACGACGAUUCAAACGUCUGAAGAGCAACUGCAAGUGAAACAUCUGUUCGACCCGGAGUCGUUGGCGGAGUACGUCGUGAACGCGAAGACGUUUGAGAAUCCGUUGACGAGAGAGGCGUUGGACGCGAGCGAUUGUCAAAGGUUGGACGAACAUUUGCGGAAGUUUUCGUUGAAAAAGUUUAGCGUCCACAGAGCGUAUGUAAAUUUACAAAAAGAGAAGAAAGAUGAGCUGGAGAACGCGGAGAGAAGGACGGAGGAGCAGAGAGCGAGGAUGCAAAGAGAACGGGAAGAGUUGAGGAGAACGUUGGCGUCGUCGAUGUUUACGAGCAUUCGAGAGCGAAGGCAAGGCGAGAAUAGUAGUAGUGGAAGAAAUCAUCAUCAUCAGCAGCAAAACGGCAAUAGUAAUAGUAGCAAUAGGAACGCCACCUCCACCACCACCAACAUGAACAACAGUAAUAGCGAAGCUUCCGCACAGCAAGCUUUAGCGGCGAAUUUAGAAACGUCCAUCGAACAACAAGAAAACGCGUUUCGAGCGUUUGGCGCGUUUGCCAUGGUGGACGACGAUAUCGCCAUGUCGCGCGGACAAACGUUGAGAGCGGCGCAGACUUCGUUUAGCGGUUGGUCGAAUCCAGAGGCUAUUCGAAGGCACGGAAGUAAUAGCAACAUCCCGCUGUCGAGCGCGGAAAAUUUCCCGAGUUUAGGAUCCGGAAGCGGGAGUUCGACCACUCGAAUCGGUACCGGCGGGUGGAGCCGAAUGGCGCAGAGAGCGUCGAGUUUGCACGACGACGAUGGCGGUAGUGUCGUUGGACGACCUCGAGUACAACCACCACCACCGACGCAAACUAUUUCAUCGUCGUCAGAGCCACCGGCGAACCACCACGAAAAACAACGCGAGCGUCAACGAGAGGCUGAGUUUGCCGCCGCGGCGCUUCCGAACGAUUCGGUAAACGCAGACGAAGCGAGGCGCGCGCAACUCGCAGCGGCGUUUGGCGUUUCGAAUCCAGACUCGCACGUCUCCGCGUUUGCCGUAUCGGGCGCGAAAAGUGCGUUCAAACAAGAACACUUGAAAGCGGCGAAAAACAAUCCUCGUUUGUGCGCGCAAAUCGAACAGAAAUUCGAAGAGAUGGCGAGAGACGCCAACAAUCGUCGCGCGACGUUUCCUCCGAUGACAAAAUUUCUCCGCGGCGUCGUCCACGAAUACGCCGCGUUGUGGGGAUUCACUUCGCAAAGCUACGGCAACGAACCGAACCGACGCGUGGACGUGUUUCGAACGACCGCGUGUAAGAAACCAACGAUUAACUUACGCGAGGCGAUUUUGGCGCACGACGAGUUGAAGAAAGAAAAAGAGGAGAAGGAUCGAAUGAUGAUGAUGAUGGCGACGACGACGACGUCCAACGGAGUAGGAGGCAGUAGUACUCCUUCUUCAAUGAACCAGCCACCCGAAGACGCCAACGAGGACGAAUACUUCCCCGGUUUUACUUCAUACCACACCAAACGAAACGGCGGCGUCGAAUACGAACGUCUCACUGCCACGUUCUCCGACGGCGCGGACAAAAAAACGUUGUUUCUCAUGCUCCGUCCCUGGGCCGGCCAAUUCGCCGUCGAAGUCGACGAAAAGGAAUCCGGGGAUUUCGACGACGCGGAAUACAUAGCGCACUUCAAAAACCCGGAGGCUUUGAAAAAAGCCAGCGGCGUCAUCGGCGGCGGCGUCAAAGGAAAGUUCAAGGUGAAAUACAGCGAAAAAAUAGGAGGAGGACUUUUGACUAGACAAAGCCAAUUGACAGAAAAAGCCAACCAACAGCAAAGCUCCUCCUCCUCCUCGAACGAGUUUGAGAAAGAAUCAAUAUCGUCUGUAGUAUCUCCGCCGCCGAAAAUUUUCGAGCUCAGGAGGAAGAAGAAACCGUAA